UCACGUGAGCGUGGUGGUCACAUGACCGCAUCCCGGUCCCCAAGAAGAUGGGUGCUCGGCCGUGGCCUGCCCUGCGCUGGGCCCUGACCCUGCUGCUGGUGCUGGGGCCACGCUGCCUGGAGGCUGGGACCCCCAGAGCCCCGGAGAGCGACUUCCAGGAAGGCUACUUUGAGCAGCUCCUGGACCAUUUCAACUUCGAGAGGUUCGGCAACAAGACCUUCCCCCAGCGGUUCCUGGUGUCAGAGAAGUUCUGGAAAAAGGGCAAGGGCCCCAUAUUCUUCUACACGGGCAAUGAGGGGGACGUGUGGUCCUUCGCCAACAACUCAGGCUUCAUCCAGGAGCUGGCGGCUCAGCAGGAGGCCCUGGUCGUCUUCGCGGAGCACCGCUACUAUGGGAAGUCACUGCCGUUCGGCGACCAGUCUACGCGGCGCGGGCACACGGAGCUGCUGACGGUGGAGCAGGCCCUGGCCGACUUCGCCAGGCUGAUCCGCGCUCUGCAGCGCGACCUUGGGGCCUACGACAGCCCCGUCAUCGCCUUUGGUGGCAGCUACGGGGGGAUGCUCAGCGCCUACAUGAGGAUGAAGUACCCCCAUCUCGUGGCCGGCGCGCUCGCGGCCAGUGCGCCUGUCGUGGCUGUGGCCGGCCUCGGCGACUCCUACCAGUUCUUCCGGGACGUCUCAGCACCCUUCUCUCUCCAGGACUUUGAGGGCCAGAGUCCCAAGUGUGCCCAGGGCGUGCGGGACGCGUUCCGGCAGAUCAAGGACUUGUUCUCCCAGGGAGCCUACGACACGGUCAGCCGGGAGUUUGGCACCUGCCAGCCACUGUCCAGCCGGGAGGACCUGACCCAGCUCUUCGGGUUCGCCCGGAAUGCCUUCACCGUGCUGGCCAUGAUGGACUACCCGUACCCCACCGACUUCAUCGGGCACCUUCCCGCCAACCCAGUCAAGGCAAGAGGCUUGCUCCCGAUGCUGGGAAACGCGGGCAGGGAUCUGGGCAGGGCAGUGUCCGAGGACAGAGAAGUGCCCAUGGGAUGGCCAGUGCUGGACGGCCCAAGAGCUCGCAGCCACUCUGGAGCCCAGGACCAGGGCAGGGUCAAUUGGGAGGGGGGCCAUAGGCGAGCGGGGGUCUUUGGUUGGCUUCCCCAGGUUGGUUGUGACCGGCUGCUGAGUGAGAGCCAGAGGAUCAAGGGGCUGCGAGCCCUGGCUGGUGCGUCUGCCCCUCGGCCCUGCGCCAUGUGUCGGGGGUGGACAUGGCUUGGGGGCGCAGGCCAUGUGGAGGCGAAGAGCACCGACGUUCCCAGGCUGGUGUACAACUCCUCGGGCACCAUGUCCUGCUACGACAUCUACCAGCAGUACCAGGCCUGCGCGGACCCCACAGGCUGUGGCUCCGGCUCUGAUGCCAGGGCCUGGGAUUACCAGGCCUGCACCGAGAUCAACUUGACGUUUUCCAGCAACAACGUGACAGACCUUUUCCCUGAGCUGCCCUUCACGGAGGCGAUCCGCCAGCAGUACUGCCGGGACACGUGGGGUGUGUGGCCCCGGAGGGACUGGCUGCAGACCAGCUUCGGCGGGGACGACCUCAAAGCUGCCAGCAACAUCCUCUUCUCCAACGGUGACCUGGACCCCUGGGCAGGGGGUGGGAUCCGGACUAACCUGAGUGCGUCAGUCCUCGCCAUCACCAUCCAGGGGGGCGCCCAUCACCUAGACCUGAGAGCGUCUCAUCCAGAAGACCCCACGUCUGUCCAGGAGGCUCGUGGGUUUGAGGCCAGGCUCAUCCACAAGUGGGUGGAAACAGCCAGAGGCAAUCAGCGGCGGCAGCCGGCCCAGCGUGGGGGACUCAGAGGUUGAGUGCUCCCCAGCCGAGGCCCAGAGAGGACUCCAGGGGAGCAUCUCAGGGCUCUGCGGUGAGCGGCUGCAGAAGCGUUGGGCAGCCCGGUUAGUGCGGUGUGGGCUGAGGGAGCAAACGUGAACACAGACUAGCAAACCAGCCGCACGUUUAAUAAAACAGAGCCCUCAA